AUGGAAAGGCAGAGAAACAUCUCAGAAUUCGUACUUCUAGGACUUUCAUAUGACUGGAACAUUCAAAUAUUUUGCUGUGUGCUCUUCUUAUUCUUGUACGUUGCCCUGUUGGCAGGAAACCUUCUGAUCCUUGUCUUGAUUCAAUGCAGUCCUCUUUAUCACUAACCCAUGUGCCCCUUCCUCAUCCAUUUAUCCUCCAUGGACAUCUGCUACACCUCUACGGUUACACCCAAGUUAAUUGCUGACCUACUAGGGGGGACAAAAACCAUCUCCUAUGGUGAUUGCAUGUUACAGCUCAUUGCUGUGCACUUCUUUGGCGGCAUUGAGGUCUUUACCCUCACAGUCAUGGCCUUUGAUCGCUAUGCUGCCAUCUGCAAACCUCUCCACUACAUGCUUAUCAUGAACAGGACAAGGUGCCAUCUCCUAGUCUUAGCUGCUUGGGCUGGUGGGGCUCUCCAUUCUUUUCCUCAAUUAUUGAUAACAAUCCAAUUGCCAUUUUGUGGUCCUAAUGAACUUGAUCACUACUUUUGUGAUAUCUUCUCUCUGCUGAAAGUUGCCUGCACUGAUACCUAUAUCACUGAGGUCCUUGUGGUUGCCAAUUCAGGUAUGGUCACCAUAGUUACCUUUAUUGUCUUAUUUACUUCUUAUGUCAUUAUAUUGUUUAGUCUAAGACAUCACUCAGCUGAGGGAAGAUACAAAGACCUCUCCACCUGUAGGUCUCAUAUCACUGUGGUCAUCUUAUUUUUUGGGCCUUCAAUCUUUGCCUACCUCCGACCUCCAGCCACUUUCCCUGAGGACAAAAUAUUUGCUCUAUUUUACACCAUCAUUGCUCCUAUGUUCAAUCCCUUAAUCUAUACUCUGAGAAAUAGAGAGAUGAAAAAUGCCAUGAGAAAAGUUUGGUGUCAAACAUUAUUUUCAAAGGAAGCACAUGGUUAA